AUGGGCGUCACAUGGCAGAUUCUGAACGAAACGCUCAACUUGAUGAACUCCACGGGCAAUGGUUAUAUGUUCGACACCUGGAAGGGGACUUCCCCCUGUAUUCGUUGUGCCGUGGUAGGCAAUGGUGGAAUCCUGAAUGGAUCUAGAGUGGGCAAAGAGAUUGACAGCCAUGAUUACGUCUUCAGGGUGAACGGCGCCAUUACAGCGGGCUUCGAAAAGGACGUUGGCAAUCGCACUUCCUUCUAUUUCUUUGGCACGAACACCAUGAUGAACUCAUUUAUGGCCUAUGGGCACCGAGGGUUCAAGAGUGUCCCCCACACAGAGAGGAAACCCGCUUCGUCCUCCUCCCGGAUCACGACAGAGAUUAUUUACUGGUCAGAGCCGCCCUCACCAACAGAAUCAUCGACCGCGGCCGGGACAAAGGCAAAGACCCAGCGCGCGCUAUUUUGGCAAGAACCUGACCACAGAACACUUCAAGAUCCUGCACCCGGACUUCAUGCGUUACCUGAGGAACAGGUUCCUCUGGGCCCCCAUCCUGAACACCAACAACCGGGACAUCUACCGACCGUCCACCGGAGCCGCCAUUCUCCUGGCUGCUAUACACACCUGUGACCAGGUCAGCGCCUACGGCUUCAUGACCCCCAACUAUGAGAAGUUCUCCGAUCAUUACUAUGACACCACCUACAAUAAGGUGACAUUCUACGCCAACCACAAUUUCAGGAAAGAGAUGGAGUUGUGGCAGCAGCUGCACAGAGCGGGUGUCAUCACCCUCUACAUG